CCUCACCCUAAAGCCCCAGAACGGCUGAAUGAUCACCCUGCACACUAUUGUACAAUGUGGAAGCUACAGUACGAGAAAUUUGUGCAAGAAUCAGUGAAAAGUGCAAUUAGAAGAUGGGCAGAGUGGUAAUGGGGUAGGUGAAUGUUGCUGGCUGGAAUGUGGCCUCUCCAGUGGAAGGUUUUGAAAUGUAAAUAGGAGCGCUACAUGGGAACCUGCGGUUAUCAGUAGACGCAACAGCGCUAGGAGUACACGGUGAGUGGGGAGUGUGAAACAGCCUGGUGUGUGCAGAGGACGGCAGGUCAUUUAGCAUACAUAACAAGGUGGAGGAGAUAGCACCACGGAAAAUCUACUUCGGGGCAGUAGCACACGCAUGCACGCACGCACGCACGCACACACACGGGGUGCCCUGGUAAGGGAAGUGCCACUCAAUUUCUUUCCGCAGAUAGCACACUGGCCACGGGGCAGCCGCGAAUCCAGGUUACCGGGUCAGCCGGGAUCGGGGACCCCGCGGCGCCGGCACAGCUUCCGCGACAACAGAGUCGGACCGCCGGAGGGCACAGUCCGGUGCCAAGGCCUCUGGCCGGCGCAAGAGGGCAGCGGGGCCCUCCCGGGAGAUUAGGAACUCGAGCGGGUGGAGCCAUGGCACAGUGACUGGGCGUCGGAGCACUGGCCGGCACCCCUGGCCGCCGGGCGGGUGGCGGCCUCCGGACUGAGAAGGCAGGGCGACUGCUCCAUCCUAGCGAGCCGGGAGGUGGAGAGCGCGCUCCUUGUCCAAGGCCACGCCCCCUACUCGGUCUGCGCACGCGCUGCCGCCUAUCCUUGGCCUCCGAACCUGCAGGCGGCGAUAAAAUCCGAUGGCGCGAGGUCAAGAGCGUCGCGGUGUGCUUACAACUGCUUCCGGGUCAGAGGGUCAGACGUUCCAGCGCGGUGCACACCAUGGUGCAGCUCCGGCCGCGCGCAUCUCGUACCCCGGCGUCGGCGGAGGCGAUGGUGGACGAGGGCCAGCCGACCUCGGAGGAGGAGGCGGAGCACGGUCUGCUGCUCGGGCAGCCCAGCAGCGGCGCGGCCGCGGAGCCCCUGGAAGAAGACGAGGAGGGGGAUGAUGAGUUUGACGACGAGGCCCCGGAGGAGCUGACUUUCGCCAGUGCUCAGGCGGAGGCGAGAGAAGAGGAGCGGCGAGUGCGCGAGACCGUGCGCAGGGACAAGACGCUCCUGAAAGAGAAGCGGAAGCGACGCGAAGAGCUUUUCAUCGAACAGAAGAAAAGAAAACUUCUUCCAGACAUUAUUCUAGAGCAGUUAACUACAGCUUCACAGACUGGUGCAAAGAAAUCACCAGGAAAGCUGAAAGAAGUGAGUUUACACAAGAAAAGAGAAGACUGUGAGAAAGAGAAGAAGGUGAAAGUAGAGAAGGUCCAGUCUGUCAGCCAGAGAAGCUACGUAGCUGUGAGGCUGAAGGACCAAGACCUGAGGGACGCACGGCAGCAAGCAGCCAAAGCCUUCAUCCGUGAUUCCCUGUAUGGUCCAGGAACCAACAGAACUACCGUGAAUAAGUUCCUGUCUCUUGACAACAAGAGGGCACCAGUGAAAAAGGCUGCAGCCCAGUUUCUGAAUAAUGCUUGGGGUGUCCAGAAAAAACAAAAUGCGAAGCGGUUUAAAAGGCGAUGGAUGGUCAGAAGGAUGAAAGCUUCUAAGAAGUAAAUUAAAGCUAAAUGAAAAAAUC